UUUUUUUUUUCCUUUUAGAACACCAUGUCAAGAAAGGAUUUAGAAUUAAAGGAUUUACGUGUACCAACUUUUAUUCCUCUCAACAGUGAUGGCUCAUCUGUUAAGAAAGCAGCUACAAAAAGAAAAAGAGGCAAAGGAGAUCCAAAGCCUGCUAGAAAAAAGACUCUAAAGAAAUCAGAUGUGCUUGAUGACUUUUAUGUCUUUGAUCUUGCUCCUAAGGAAAUCGAAGAAAAUGAUCCUUUUGUCAAGAUUUGGAUUGGUGCAGUUAUUGAAGAAGACAAUGGUGCUUUUUGUGUUUAUUUUGGCGAGAAUGACGAACGAAACUGCAGUCAAGUCUUUGUCAGAGAUAGUCAGUUACAAGAUGAGGACUUUGGUUAUGUCUUGGGCACCUUGAAGGCCAUUGAGAUUAUUGGUACAACCGACACUCCUUUUAUCAUCAACACAUCUUGCAGAGAUCUGCCUUUAGCCAUUGAAGGAAAAAGCACAAAUGCUUUUUACCAAGAUUCAAUAACCAAGAUCCGUGAGUUGAUUCAAAAGAGAACAUCUGAAACUAAAGUGCGACACAUUUCAGGAAGAAAAGCACCAGAAGAACAAAAGAUAGCCAUUGAUUUGGCUUCUAAAGCAUUGAUUGACUCAAAACAACAAGUGAUUCCUAUGGAUGAUCAAAUACCAGAUAUGCAAAUAGAAGCAUUUGAUACGACAAUUAUCAAUACAGAGAUCAUAACACAUGAAGAACCAGUUGAAAAUGAAGAUGAUGAAGAUGCUUCUUCUGAAAAGUUGGUCUUGGAAGAAACAAAUGAGACUGUUCGUACUGUCAGUCAACCAUCUGAAGAUGUCCAAGAAGAGAUUGUAGAAGAAAUCAAGGUUGAGACAACUAUUGAGACACAUUAUGAAGCUCAAAAAGUAGAUCAAGAUGUUGUCAGAGUAGAAGAAGACAUCAAGAUAGAAGAAGAAGUGAAAAUAGAACAAGCCAAAGAAGCAGAAGAAGUGAUUAGUAUGGAAGGUAUUGAGGAAACAAGUCGUCCUCCAUUAACAACUAGUUCUUCUUGGACAUCAGCCUUUAGUGGUCUCUGGGACACACUAACUUCUCCCUUCCGUAAAUCUCAACAAUAAAGACAAUUAAGGUUGCUUAGAGUAACACUAUCAUUUGAAACUAAACCAAGGAGUGUGAAUAUAUGGUUGCCAUGUAAAUUUACUUUUUUUGUGAUAUACGGAGUUUAUAAACAGAGUUGUCAAAAACAGAAUCUUACAGAAAACAGGAGUCUUCUCGACAACCCUGAUGGAUUCUCGAGAAUAUACGACUAUUAAUAGCCUGUGUGUGAGUAAUAACAACCCCAUUUAUAUACUUGCAUUUUAUUUCUUCAUUUUUAUAGCC